UGAAUGGGCGCGGAUUGGAUGCGCGAACUUCCCUUGUCAGAGGGCGAGAGAGGAGACAUUGAGGUGACAGGAAAUCAUGGAGGACUAGCAUUAACACACAACGUAAAUUAAUAAUUUACCGAAAUACCGCGUACAACAUCUGUUGAAAUGGUCAUUCAUAACCGGGCACGUGCGGAUAACUGACACCGCUUCCCCGUGGAGGAGAAACUGUUCGCAAGACUCCAACAAUACUUCAAACUGCAUUAAAACGGUGACACGGUGGCUCAGUGGUUAGCAGUAAGUAAGAAGAUCGCUGGUUCAAAUCCAAGCUGGGCCAGUUGGCAUUUCUGUGUGGAGUUUGCAUGUUCUCCCCGUGUUGGUGUGGGUUUCCUCCAGGUUCUCCGGUUUCCCCCAGUCCAUAAUAGCUAUAGCAGUCGGCCAUGUAUAGUGACCCUGUGGACCAACAGUUUUGGUGGAAACAGGAAAGUUGAGAUGCACAUUUAUAGGUGAGUUGAAUAAACUAAAUGUUUCCCAGUAUAAUUUUUAUCCUUAAAAAAUCCAUAAGCUGUUAAUUGAAAUAAAUGAAUUAAAAAAACUCCUGGGAUGCUGCUUCUGUCUAGACCGCACACCGCACAUCAUGUUGGUAAUUACAUUUCUGUGAAGUCAAGUUAAUAAAAUUCCCUGCAAAUAUCAUGCAGAUGUUACUGGAUGAGCUCAUCCCUGUAAUCCUUUUUUUUUUAGGCGGAAUUAGAUGAAAGACUCGAUAAAAGCAAUGGCACAAGGAGAACCAGCAAAUUCAACAAAGCAGGGCGAAAGCACAGAACACGAAAAACUGCCAGAAACAUGGAAAGAGCUGAAAAACAUGGAAGACUGGACAAAAGAUCACGUCCAUCAAUGGCUCAUAGAUAUGAAAGUCGAUCAGAAGUAUGCUGAUAUUCUGUACAAAGAGGAUGUUAAAGGAGCUUGCCUAAAUCUGUUUGAAAAACAAGACUUCCUGGAUGCCGGUUUAAAGCAUGGACCUGCAGUUCAAAUCCUUAAAAAUGUAGCCCUGUUCAGAACGUCCUCGGAUGGCCCCAAGGACACAACUGCAUCUGUAGGAGAUUCUGCAUUACAGCAUUCUGAGCAAGAAAACGUAGCAGCUGAGAGUCCCACCACUGGAUCUGCUGAACUGAGCAUUGAAGAAAAUGGUACAUCAACAAGGACAUGGCUCCUACAAGCUAAACAUGCAGACGAUAAAGGGAAGUCCUUGAAUGAGACAUCAGAGAAUCAUGAUGAAGUAGAUGGCAUGAGUGGUGAACAAUCUCAGGCUUCAUCUUUGACAACACAACAAGCACAAAAUGUGGAAAGUAAGACCACAGAACACCCAAGUGGCUUUAUAAAGCCGUUAAAAAUCCUUAUAACUCAUUUCUGUAAGCCCCGGCCAUUUGAUACAUGCACAGGAACGUUUCAAUACAUACAGAAGGAAAUACUUCCUCCUGAGACUGGUCCAAGCAAUCUUCUUGACCCCGUGCAUGAGUACAAACUCCUGGUAAACACAGCUAAUGCGGCAGAAAAGGAUGUUUUAGAAAAAUUUUCAAAUGAAACAUUCUGGUUUGCCGCAGGAUGCAUGAAUGAUCGAACCAAUGGAACCAUUCACUUUGGUGUUGGAGAUGAACCACAGUACAAACAUGGACAAAUCAUUGGGCUCGAGUUGACAUCUCCGAAUAAAUAUAUUGAUGAGUUUGAUACAGGUCUGAAGGAGCACUUUAAAGGUAAAAGUAACAUUGCAAGGGCUUGUAUUAGGCCCCCUGUGUUUGUUCCAGUAAUAUGUAAAGACAGCAGUAUUAAGUGGGUUAUUGAAAUUGACAUUGUCCCAAUGUACAAACUGACUAAGAGGAAACGUUUUUACACAACACUUGACAAGAAGAAAAGGAAAUCAAAAUGCUUUUUUAUACGCUCUGGUGCAAACACUAUGAAUUAUUUACCAAAAGAAAAUCCUAAAAUUUACAAACAAAACUGCAAGACUUUAAAUCAUUAUGUGGAAUUACGGGAUAUAUUUCGGCAGUCGGCUGAAGAUGAAGCUCAGCAACUAGUAAUUGUUCUCCAGGAAGGCCAAAGUCCUGCAGAGUUUAGCUCUAACCUACUCCAACACGCUGGCAUAAAAGGUCAGUCUGAAGACCCUUGUUAGCUGGUAUAAGUGUGGUUUGUUAAUUGUUUGCAAU